AUGAAGAGCGCUCUGCUGACCGCUCUUGCCUGGACGGCGCCGGCGUCGGCGCUGAUCCGCUUCGGCUGCUCGAGCCUGACGGUGCAGCGCAUCGACCCGCUCGUCAACCCGGGCAUGAGCCCGUCGAGCCACCUGCACCAGGUCAUUGGCGGCAACUCGUUCAACGUGACCAUGGACGUGGCGACGCACGACCUGGCGGCGCAGUCGACGUGCACGACGUGCUCGUUUUCCGAGGACUUUUCCAACUACUGGACGGCGACGCUCUUCUUCAAGGCGCGCAACGGGUCGUACACGCAGGUCAAGCGGAUGCCGCAGUCGGGGUUCGAGGGCACGACGGGCGGCGGCAUGGUGAUCUACUACAUGUCGGACGCGCUCUUUGACAACGGGCAGAAGUCGAGCGUGACGGCCUUCAAGAAGGGGUUCCGCAUGCUGGUGGGCGACGCGUCGUUCCACACGCGGACGCAGGCGCAAAAGUUCCGCCAGCUGACGUUUACGUGCAUGGCGGACGCGAGCUCGCGCGCGCCCGAGACGCUCGGCUUUCCGGCGACGCCGUGCAAGGCGGGCAUCAUGGCCAACCACCUCUUCCCGACGUGCUGGAACGGCAAGGACCUGGACUCGCCCAACCACCAGGACCACGUGGCCUACCCGGUGAGCGGCACGUUUGAGAGCGGCGGCCCUUGCCCGGCGUCGCACCCGGUCAAGCUGCCGCAGCUGAUGCUCGAGACGGUCUGGGACACGCGGCCGUUCAACGCCAAGGAGCUGUGGCCCGCGGACGGCAGCCAGCCGUUUGUGUGGAGCAACGGCGACAAGACGGGCUACGGGUCGCACGCCGACUACAUGUUUGGGUGGAAGGACAACUCGCUGCAAAAGGCCAUGGACGCGCACGCGUACGUGACCGGGUCCGGGCUCAAGACGCAGACCAUUGCGCAGCAGAACAAGUGCUCGGUCAAGGACAUGGUCAACGAGAAGCUGGACGGCUGGCUGUCGGAGCUGCCGGGCGGCAUGACGGCGGGCAUGUAG